UCCCUCCGCCAGGGGUGGACUGGAUGAACCAGAUGAUGUGGCGUUUCGUGAAGGGGAACGCGCGCGAGGCGGAGAUCGACAUGCUGUGGGAGGUCAGCAAGCAAGUGGAGGGGCACACCAUCUGCGCGCUGGGGGACGGCGCCGCCUGGCCCGUGCAGGGUCUCAUCCGCCACUUCCGGCCGGAGAUGGAGAGCAGGAUCCGAGCAUUCCAGCCGCUCGCUCGCUCCGCCAACUGACCGCUCCCCCAACUCCUCCUCGUUCAAACUCAGCGUCCGCGAGGGGAGUCUGCUAGAGAACACGUUUCUGUAAAUUGCUGAAGUUUAAAUAAAUGUUGCCCAGAGAGAGAUUCUUUUGCAGAGCAAUUAACUACAACGACAUGGCCAACAUCUUUGGACCUGCCGCGACCACUUCCUCCGGCAGCUCCUUCCACAGUCUGACCACCCGUAUCCCUCUAAACCUUCCCUCUCCGUGUCCCUGUCCGAGUGUCGUUAAUGUACCUGCCGCGACCACUUCCUCCGGCAGCUCCUUCCACAGUCUGACCACCCGUAUCCCUCUAAACCUUUCCUAUCCGUGUCACUGUCCGAGUGUCGUUAAUGUACCUGCCUCGACUACUUCCUCCGGCAGCUCCUUCCACAGACGGACCACCCGUAUCCCUCUAAACCUUUCCUAUCCGUGUCCCUGUCCGAGUGUCGUUAAUGUACCUGCCCCGACCACUUCCUCCGGCAGCUCCUUCCACAGACGGACCACCCGUAUCCCUCUAAACCUUUCCUAUCCGUGUCCCUGUCCGAGUGUCGUUAAUGUACCCGCCUCGACCACUUCCUCCGGCAGCUCCUUUCACAGAUGGACCACCCGUAUCCCUCUAAACCUUUCCUGUCCGUAUCCCUGUCCGAGUGUCGUUAAUGUACCUGCCUCGACCACUUCCUCCGGCAGCUCCUUGCACAGAUGGACCACCCGUAUCCCUCUAAACCUUUCCUAUCCGUGUCCCUGUCCGAGUGUCGUUAAUGUACCUGCCUCGAGCACUUCCUCCGGCAGCUCCUUCCACAGACGGACCAGCCGUAUCCCUCUAAACCUUUCCUAUCCGUGUCACUGUCAGAGUGUCGUUAAUGUCCCUGCCUCGACCACUUCCUCCGGCAGCUCCUUCCACAGACGGACCACCCGUAUCCCUCUAAACCUUUCCUAUCCGUGUCCCUGUCCGAGUGUCGUUAAUGUACCUGCCUCGACCACUUCCUCAGGCAGCUCCUUCCACAGACGGACCACCCGUAUCCCUCUAAACCUUUCCUAUCCGUGUCCCUGUCCGAGUGUCGUUAAUGUACCUGCCUCGACCACUUCCUCAGGCAGCUCCUUCCACAGACGGACCACCCGUAUCCCUCUAAACCUUUCCUAUCCGUGUCCCUGUCCGAGUGUCGUUAAUGUACCUGCCCCGACCACUUCCUCCGGCAGCUCCUUCCACAGACGGACCACCCGUAUCCCUCUAAACCUUUCCUAUCCAUGUCCCUGUCCGAGUGUCGUUAAUGUACCUGCCUCGACCACUUCCUCUGGCAGCUCCUUCCACAGACCAACAACCCUGUGGGUGAAAAAGUUGCCGUUUGGGUCCCUAAUUUCACAAGCAGUAUUUUGUGCUAUCCAAUAUAGAUUUUUGCAAAUCAAGAGUUCAGUAUAAACUUAUUAUCAAAGUCCAUAUAUGUCACCCCAUAGCAACUUGAGGUUCAUUUUCUUGCGGGCAUGAUUCAUAAACCCAUCGGGCGAUCAACAACAAACUGCGCAAAUACACAAAGAUAUAAACAAUAAUAAUAAAUAAAUAAGCCAUAAAUAUCGAGCAUGUGAGAUGAAGAGUCCCUGAAAGUCAGUCCAUUGGUUGGAGCGAGUGAAGUUAUCCGCUCUGGUUCAGGAGCCUGAUGGGUGAGGGGUUAUAACUGUCCCUGAACCUGGUGGUGUGGGUCCUGAGGCUCCUGUACCUCCUUCCUGAUGGUUGAGGGGUGAUAACCGUCCCUGAACUUGGUGGUGUGGGUCCUGAGGCUCCUGUACCUCCUAUCUGAUGCUUGAGGGGUGAUAACUGUCCCUGAACCUGGUGGUGUGGGUCCUGAGGCUCCUGUACCUCCUUCCUGAUGG